UAAAGUGAGAUAGGUGAUCAGCAGUAGGUAACACAGGGUUAUUAGAACAACUAUCUACUUCACUUAUUAACUGAUAUUCAUUAUAUGCUUUAUUGAUUAUUGUUUCUGACUGCUUAAUUAUAAAUAAUAUUGUUUCCUGGUGAUUGAUUUUCUAUCGUGACUGAGUAAUUUCAAAGACAGGAUUAGCAGAUUACUAGAAUAACUAGAAAUGGCAGAUUGUUUCAGCCUACAGAAUAUUUUAGAAAACUUCAAGUCAUGUCUCAGUGAUAAUAGGGAGGUCUACAUAAAGUAUUAUAUAGCAGGUUGGAGAGAGCUUGUGAGCUUUAUGAACACCCUAGGCAGCCUCUUCUCCUUCAUCUCCAAGGAUGCGGUCACUAAAAUCCAGAUCCUGGAGAACUUUCUGAUGGGCGAGAACGGGACACACUACACUACCGUCCAGUCCAUGGUGAAGUACGAGUUGGACAACAAGCUGGUGGAUCUUACCAAAGGUGGCAACUACCCAGCAUCAGGCUGCCGCACGUUGCUGCGUCUGCACCGUGCCCUGCGCUGGCUGCAGCUUUUCUUGGAGAGUCUGCGCACCAGUACAGAGAACAGUAAGACCUCUGUAAUGUGUUCUGAGGCAUAUAACGCAUCAUUGGCGCAGCACCACCCGUGGAUCAUCCGAAAAGGAGCCGAAAUGGCGUUUUGCACUCUGCCAGGCCGAGACGCGUUCUUCGAUGUGAUGAACGCAGGCAGCCACCAGGAGGUGAUCGCAUUGUUGGGUGAAGCUUUACCUAUGAUCGCAGAAGUCUAUCAGAUCACAGAGGACCUGUAUGCGAAAAACAACCUGCUCGACUUACCCUAGAAGGCUCUACACUACUUCAUGUAUUCCAUGGUUACUUAAUGUUACUCUGACAUUCUUGCUGUUCCUUUAACUUUUUAAAUCCACUGGUAUAUUAUACAAUUGAGAAAAUAUAUUCAUAUAUUUAUUAUUGGUUAAAAGGGAUCUAUUGAAUGUACAUUAAACACUACGCUGUAAAAUAUAUUUAAUGCCCUUAUGAAAUAUAGUAAGUUUUAAAUAUUUUAAAUAUUUUAACUGUAUGUUAUUGUUUGCUCUUUUUGGUAAGCCAGAUCACCACUAAGAGUCGACUCUUUCAUCUCCAAAAUGAGUCAUUCCCGAAAUUUGCAAAUUUUAUGAGCUGUUUUAUUUUAUAUUCCAGAUUAUGGCUGAAAUAGCUUGGUGAACAUUGUACUCUACUGCAUUUUGUAGUGCAUGUUUGCACAAAACUAUUUCAACAAUUCCCAGGCUAAAUCAGCAAUGUUCAACAAAAGCACACUGAAAAAAGCAGUAAGCAUCCUUGCACUGGUAUUUUACUCUGUUCCGUUUGCACUGUUAUAAAAAGUUAUUCCCAUUUAUUUUGGUAACCAAUAUCCCUUUCUAAUAAUUUACAACUUGGGCAGGGGUAGCUCAGUGGUUAAGGUGUUAAUCAGGUGAACGGCCCCUAUGAUGCUAUACUCCUUAUAAUCUACAACAGAUCUGCCUCUAAACUCAACUGAGAUUCAAACAAAGACUCAUUUUUGCAAACAAGCAACAUGACUUUUUAAAAAUAGUUUGCAUUGAGUCUAAAGAUUGACAAAUUACUAGUUUAACAAAUGUGGAAUGGCAUUGUCUAAUUCUAAAACAAGGAAGCAAAAUUGAAUUAAUUAAUGGAAUUAAUAUUAAUUAUUAUAUUGACUCUCAAAAUUCACCUGAAAUGUGAGUCGAUUCAAAGAGUCGACUCACCCGACUCUUUUUUCAGGUGAUGGUCGACUUACUCAAAGUGUUGUCUCACUCUCUGAAUAGACUCACUCUUUGAACCGACUCACUCCUAAACGACACAUCACUUGUUUGGUCACCGGUAUUUAUGUGAAAAUAUUUGUUGUGUGUAUGUAACCAAAGCUGAAACCAAAAAAUGUUGUAGAUAUUUCCACUGAAAUAAAUAAAUAAAUAAACAAAUACAACAACGA